AUGCAAGAAGAGAAGCCAGGAUUGAUGUCCAUCAGGGCCCCUUGGCAUUUGAAGGAGAUGGGUCAUGUGAGAGAUGCCGUGCUCAAUGCUCCAGAAGACAAGAUCCUCCAUUCCCUGGCAUCCGGCCAAGACCCUCAUGGCUGGCGUACCCCAGUGGACUGUGUCCGGGCCAAUGAGCUGUGCGCUGCCGAGUCAAGCUGCAGCUCCCGUUACCGCACGUUGCGCCAGUGCCUGGCUGGCCGGGACAGGAAUACCAUGCUGGCCAACAAGGAGUGCCAGGCGGCUCUCGAGGUGCUGCAGGAGAGCCCGCUCUACGACUGCCGCUGCAAGCGGGGCAUGAAGAAGGAGCUGCAGUGCCUUCAGAUCUACUGGAGUAUACACCUCGGGCUGACGGAGGGAGAAGAAUUUUAUGAAGCUUCCCCUUACGAGCCGGUCACCUCUCGUCUCUCUGAUAUAUUCAGACUCGCUUCAAUUUUCUCAGGAAUGGAUCCUGCCACCAACUCCAAAAGUAACCACUGCCUAGAUGCGGCCAAAGCCUGCAACCUGAAUGACAACUGCAAGAGACUGCGCUCGGCCUACAUCUCCACCUGCAGCAAGGUGAUCUCGGCCACCGAGCGCUGCAACCGCCGCAAGUGCCACAAGGCCCUGCGCCAGUUCUUCGACCGGGUGCCCAGCGAAUACACCUACCGGCUGCUCUUCUGCUCCUGCAAGGACCAGGCCUGCGCCGAGCGCCGCCGGCAGACCAUAGUCCCCAGCUGCUCCUAUGAGGACAAGGAGAAGCCCAACUGCCUGGAUCUGCGGAACAUGUGCCGGACGGACCAUCUCUGCCGGUCAAGACUGGCAGAUUUUCACACAAAUUGUCAAGUCUCUUUCCAGUCACUUACCAGCUGCCCCGGGGAUAAUUACCAGGCGUGUCUGGGCUCCUACGCAGGGAUGAUAGGGUUCGAUAUGACGCCCAACUACAUUGACUCGAGCAUCACCAGCAUCACAGUGUCGCCCUGGUGCUCCUGCAGAGGGAGCGGCAACAUGGAGGAGGAGUGUGAGAAAUUCCUGAGAGACUUCACGGAAAAUCCAUGUCUCCGAAACGCCAUUCAGGCCUUCGGCAAUGGUACGGAUGUCAAUCUGUCCCCCAAAAACCCCUCGCUGCCUGUCACCCUGCCCCCUAAGACAGAAAAGAGCCCUGCUUUGCCAGAUGACAUCAAUGACAGCAACACCAUCUAUGACACCAGUGUGAUCACAACUUGCACCUCUGUUCAGGAACAUGGACCGAAGCUAAACAAAUCCAAAGAGCACAGUCUCUGCUUCUCGGAGACACAGCUGACCACAGACAUUAUGCCAGACCAGAAGACUUUUGUGGACCAGAAGGCAUCUGGCAGCCGACAUUCAGCCAGGGGUAUCCUCUCUGCUCUCCCAUUCCUUCUCGUGAAACUGGCGUUAUAA